UAAACGUCUGUGCACAAUGUCUGAAAGUACGUAUAAAUGCGUAAACUGCGGCGAGAGGGCCAGUGCUUUAUACAGAACUUAUGGUCCUUCUGUUUUAAAAUUAACAAAAUGUGAGAGUUGUAAGGGUGUGGUGGACAAGUAUAUAGAGUACGACCCAGUUAUAGUCAUGAUUGAUCUAGUUCUUAUGUCUAAAGAGGCUCAGAGACACAUAAUAUACAAUACUGAAUUUAAGUCAUACUGGAAGCUAUUUAUUAUACUAAUCAUGUUGGAAACAUACGGAGUGUGGAGAAAUGACAGUCUCUUCAAUAUCGUCAUUAAUACCAUCUGUGACAUUAGGAAUAAUAGUACAAUUAAUUCUACUCAUAUUGCACUGCCAAUAAAAUUAUCUGUGGCCGAACCUUGGGCCAGUGACUGUAAAGGCUGGAUUCACGAGGAAAAGGAAUCAAUGGAUCUGUUUAUAUGGGAAAAAGAUUUUUAUGUACAAUUCUUAUCUAUAUUUGCUGGUAUAAUAGUUUUUAUAACGACGAUACAUUUAUUAAUGAAUAUUUUCAAAAAAAUAAGAUUUCAAAAUGCAGUGUCCUUAAUAAGCGUAUUGAAAUCGUUUUCACUCAGUAACAUGAGUUUAUUGUUCACUCUGCCGAUGUUAGUUUGGGGUAACAAUGAAACACCACCAGAGACAAGAUUGUUACAUUAUUUAAUGGUUUUCAUGUAUAGUUUUGUUUUCUUCUACAAUGUUUUUCAAGUGUUGUACGAAAUUCCUAAAAUUAUAACAGUGUUCAUACUAAGUGUAAGUUACAUUGUUAAAUAUAUGACAAUAUUUCACAUGACACCGCUAAUCAGAAGAAUAAUAUCAUAGCAAGAAUUAUUAAGUUAAAUAAAGCAUUGUUAUUUGAAUAUCUAUAGAUGAUUAAAUCUACGGAAGAUAUUUAUAAUCUACAGAUGAUAAAUAGGAACGAUAAUGAAAAAUAUGGCGUUGUAAAACUUUUUAGAACUAUUCAAAAAUCAUCUUUUAAAAAUUGUUUUAUUUAUUCGAUUUGUAAUUUUAUUUAAAUAUAUAUUUAUUAAGGUUAUGAAUUUAAUAUUGACUGAUCAAAAUAAUUAUAUGUUUAGUUGAAGAAGCAUUGUUAAGAAUUUCGACUAGUAUCAGGAGUUCAGGACAUAACAAAUUAAAUUAUAUUAUUUAAAAAAAAAAUUAAUUAAAAAUGAAAUAAAAGCAUAUGCAAUA